AUGUACAAUCGUAAACGAAAAAGACAUGCUGUUAAACCAUCAUCAUCAUCAUCAUCACCAUCAUCACUACAACCAAACGACCAGUACCAAUUGACUGAUCCAUCCAGCGAAAUACCUAAACAGGAACAGCCAUUAGAUGACGAUGACAAGGUUAUAAACUACUUGCGCAAGAUGCAUCCUCGACAAACGGUAUCUCACCCUGACAAGCCCACAUAUGUCACAAUAAUAGUGAGCACUUCCGAAGGACAACAUUUUCAAGACCUACAACCUAAUUUUGUUACUUCUUUACGAGAUAAUUUCAGCAUCAAAGACAUUUCAAUCUCACCAGUGGUACCAGGGUGCAUCGACAGGUAUAUUACCGUAUAUGGACUUGGAGAAAGCAUAUCAAGGGCCAUUUUAUACAUUGCGUUUAUUUUAAACGCUAAACUCAACAAUAUCGGUGGCUCCGACUUGUUUACUUUCAAAUCAGCUAAUUAUAAGAUAUCUUUACUCUUGAAGCAAGUUCACAAACUACUGAAUGCACAUGGGUUGAAGUAUCUCGAUAAAGCAGAGCAGUUCACUUACAACUUCAGCACUAAGGAUUUCCAUGUGGCAUUCAUGCAAGGUGAUUUACACGCAUUGUUCAAUACUUUAUUACAAUGUUCCGAACUUGAUUUAUGUGUUGAUAGUAAUGACACAAAUGUCGAAAACAUCCCACUCUUUGGGAUCCACGCUGACCCGGCAUUAUAUUCUCGAUCAUCAGAGAACUCCAGCCUACUCGCUAAAUCCCACAAAAAUCUCAUCGACUUCUUACACCCAUCAAAACUAGAUUCUGUAUAA